AAAUCCCACAUCACCUGACCCAACCGAAGCGAAGCCAAGCCCUGCCGCACACAAACCAUCCACACUCGAAGGUCGAUAACUUCAUCCGUCCAUCCAACAAGCUCGCCGUCGCGAUCAACCUUCAAGAUGCCGAGCAACAAGACCUUCCGCACCAAGCAAAAGCUUGCCAAAGCUCAGCGUCAGAACCGCCCCAUCCCCCAGUGGAUCCGUCUGCGCACCGGCAACACCAUCAGGUAA